AUGAGGUUGAUCUCAGCCUUCGUUCUUUUCACUCUUUGCCAGUCCAUUGUCUCUGCAUGGCCAGUCGAUCAGUCGAUUCCUUUUGAUAGGACUGUAGUACAAAAAUGGCCCAUAUCUGCUUCUGUCCCUCCCAGCGCGCCCGAGAAUAGUACCUCUCACAUCCUACACGCGCGUCAGGAUGGUGGGUACUGGUACGAGUCCGCGAGCCAUGGUAUCUCAGCCUUUGGAGACCCGAGCUAUCAAGUUUUCCGUAACGUGAAGGAUUACGGAGCAGUUGGUGAUGGGGUCACCGAUGAUACUGCGGCCAUCAAUCGGGCCAUCACUGACGGCAAUCGCUGUGGGGAGACAUGUGGUUCAUCGACAACCACUCCAGCCGUCGUUUACUUUCCAUCAGGCACUUACCUGAUUUCGUCGCCGUUGAUCCAAUAUUAUUACACCCAAUUUGUGGGGAAUCCCAACGCGUUGCCCACCUUAAAGGCAACCCCCAAUUUUGCUGGUAUUGGUGUCAUCUCUGCCAACGUCUAUAUCCCUGGCGCAUCCGGAGCCGAAUGGUAUGUGCCUCAAAGCAAUUUCUAUCGGCAAGUACGGAACUUCAUCAUCGAUAUUUCGGACUGUCCCACAGUGACCCCCGAUGGAUUUGCGCCGACGGGUAUUCACUGGCAAGUUGGCCAGGCCACGAGCAUUGAGAACAUACAGUUUGUCAUGAGCCAAGCAGAUGGUACCACCCACGUGGGAAUCUUCAUGGAGAAUGGAUCUGGUGGAUAUCUUGGAGAUUUGACCUUCACAGGCGGUGCCAUCGGCAUGUGGUGUGGUAGUCAGCAGUUUACUUCGCGGAACCUCAAAUUCCGAAACUGCAUCCAGGCCAUAGAGAUGAUCUGGGAUUGGGGCUGGACAUGGCAUGGAUUGGAUAUUCUUCUCUGCCAGAUUGGUAUAAACGUCACAGCACUUACUAGCGCGACUGCAGAGCAUAACCAAGGUGUCGCCGCAAUUGCAGUCCUUGACUCCGUUUUUACUAACGUACCUAUUGCCGUCUUGACAAGCGGAAAAACUAACAUCAUGAUGGAGAAUGUGAAGCUCAACAAUGCCCCGAUAGCCGUUGGGUUCUCCGGUGGCCCCACGGUCCUUCAAGGCGGGGAUGUCCUAAUAGAUAACUAUGGGAACGGGAAUAACUUCAUCCAGAACGGUGCCACGUUGACAGAGACAUUCCUCAAUGGCGCAUAUUCACCAUCAGCUAAGGCGGCAGCACCAUCAUCAUUGCGCUCAUCGAGUGGCUGGUUUGCGCGGUCCAAGCCCCAAUACCAGAACGUGGGUAUCGGUGGAUUUAUAGAUAUCAAAGCAGCCGGAGCCGCUGGCAAUGGUCAAACUGACGACACUGCCGUGAUCAACCGUGUUCUGGCCUCUUCUGCCGGGAGCUCGAUAGUCUAUUUCCCUCAUGGCACGUACAUGGUUUCGGACACCAUCUCCAUCCCUCCAGGGACAAAGAUUGUCGGUGAGGUCUGGAGUGAGAUCAUGGGUUUUGGAGACAAGUUUGCCGAUAUAUCGAACCCAAGAGUGAUGAUCCGCGUGGGAACAUCAGGUCAAACGGGAGAUGUGGAGAUUUCAGACAUGCUCUUUACCGUGCAAGGCGCCACAGCGGGGGCGAUUUUGAUGGAGUGGAAUCUGGCACAAGCUUCGCAAGGAUCUGCCGGCAUGUGGGAUGCCCAUUUCCGCGUUGGGGGCGCCCUAGGCAGUGAUCUACAAUUCGACGAUUGUCCGUGGACUCAGGUAGAGCCGAAUCCUGACUGCAUCGCCGCCACCACGUUGUUCCAUAUCACCUCCUCAGCUUCCCUAUACCUCGAGAAUGUCUGGGUGUGGACAGCAGAUCAUGAUUUAGACAUCCCCGCACAGAGCCAAGUCUCGGUAUACACUGCACGAUGUCUACUGAUUGAAUCUCAGGGCCCCGUAUGGCUCUGGGGUACCGGAUCGGAGCACUGUACGCUGUAUCAGUACCGCUUCUACCAUUCGCAGAACAUCUUCGCCGCGACACUGCAGACCGAAACUCCAUACUACCAACCGAAUCCCAAGGCCCCCGCUCCGUUCACUGGAGCCUAUGCGUUGCCAGAUGAUCCUACCUUUACUUACUGCAGCCCCGAUUCGGCAACGUGUGCUUAUGCCUGGGGCAUGGAGAUCAUCGGCUCGUCCAACAUCAUGAUUUAUGGAGCUGGUUUCUACAGUUGGUUUCAGUGGUAUUCGCAGGCAUGUUUGAGCAUCGAGGCCUGCCAGGAGCGCAUCUCCCGCGUCGUCAACAGCGACAACAUCUUCAUCGUCAACUUGUAUACGAAAGGUGUCUACUCGAUGAUCCAGGGCAGUAGCACCUCCGAUGUUCUGGCCCUACAGAAUAUGGACGGCUUCCUCGGUACUAUCGUGGGUUGGACUGGUCUCGAUACCAUCGGACAGCUGGAUAGUCCUUCGUCGGUAAUCCCCUUACCCCCAUGGGUGUGGACUGUUCCAUCCCCAACGGUAUCGUGCCAUAUCCCCUGUGUGAUUCAGCCACCACCCACUCCGAUCAGGCCAAUCCAACCGCCCGCCUAUACAACGACGAUAUCUGGUACGCCCGUGACUGUUACGCCACCGGUGAUCGAGACUCCUGGUAUAUCGGUGCAGUCGAUUAGCGUUGUUGUGCCCACAGGCCAAACUGUUACCCCAAUCAUCGUUCCCAGUCCCAGCAUCACUGUUCCUCUUAUUGUUCCAACUGCCGGCAACUGGCCCGGAGGCGCGCCGCCCAUCAUACCCCCACCGAUCCCUUUGCCGGUUCCUCCUCCCCUGGUCCCAGUCUGCUAUCAGUUUUGUUCUGACGCCGACUGGCCGCCAAUCUUACCCCCAAUUGUUGUCGUUGACGGUCCACCACUUCCUGUCGGGGCUCCUCCGCCGGUGGUCGCCGGUGCAGAUGACCCAGACGUCGAAGAAAACAACGGUGACUGUGGCAUCCUGUUCGAAACGUCUCUGACAGAUUGGCCUAGCUCUGGUGAUGUCCCAGAUUGGGGCCAGGAAACGGGCGAGACCGGAGGGACUUGUCAAUGGGCCGGUACCAUCCAGAGCUAUUCCAACACCUGGACCAUCUCAGUCCCCUCUGGGCAAACAUCUGUGAACAUUGACCUCUUCAACUUGUUGGGAUUUGGUAGUUAUGGGUAUACAUUGGAUGGAGCGACCAUGCAGGCGUACUCCGUGUCCGCGACGGGAUGGAGCGUGUCCAUGUCUCCGACCAGCUCUAAUCCAACUAGUUCGGGAACGUUCAUUGAUUUCGACAUUCCAACAAAUCCACUGCCCACCAGCAUCACCCUGACGCCAAGCCUGCCUGGAGGCACCUCCUCAAUCAACCUUCACAUCGAGAUCCGGGCCAGCCAAUCCUGUGGUGGCAAUCCUAUCCCCGAUCCUGCAGGCUCUGGAAGCUCGGGAUCCGGCGGCGAUGGAGACUCGUCUCUCGAGCUUAUCUUCCCUGUAAAUCUCAACGGCGACAUUGUCUGCGGCUCUGAUAGCGUCGCCGGUGUGAGCAGAAUGACCGACUGCAUGUUCUCUUACAAUAGCGGCAUCGUCCAGGGCCAACUUCUCACGGAAACCGCGACGAUCACUACAGGCAAUCCUACAUCCAACUGUAUCCGCAGCGGCGAGACCAAGAACAAGGAAGGCAUCAUCACCAACAGAUGGUGUCUGGUCUACCAGUUUAACACCUGUGCCUUUGUGAUUUCAGACAAAUCCGAGCUCUUUGGCAGUUCGUUCCCUGGUUGGUCGGUCAUUUCCGGCCAGGUGAUGAGGAACUUUGCUAUUCAAGCGGCGAACCAAUGUUCUGGGAGUAGCAAGACAGCCGUUGCUGCCGGUCCUUUCCAGCCGUUUGGGGUCAUUGCCCAGUCACUCUGUCUGACAUCACCAGAUCAUCCCGAGAUCUGUGCUGUGCCAUGA